AGGUGAAAGUGAAACUAAAAUAUCACACUUCGUUUGUGUAGCAGCGUUGUCAGACGGCAAAAAGAAGACACAAGCAUGAUGAACAUCUCUACAAUCUACACGCUGUGCCUGGUAGCAGCGGUCUGCUGCGGUGAAGCCUGCAGCAGCUGUCCCGUGUUGGAGUGCUGGUUUGUGCAGGAGAAGACGGGUCGAGGAGGAGGUCUCGCUGCAGCUACGACCCUGGAGAAAUCCCUUCUGCACAUCCAAACCGACCCCCACCCUGCAGAGAGCCAGCAGGCUCCACCCGACAUCCACCCCGACAGAGUUUACCUCAUCACCGACCCAGCCGGCACUCUCUGCCACCGCUCUCUCAACCCUCCCAGAGGCUCGGUGGAGAAGCCUCAGUGUGAGAUCAACCCCUUCCUGCCGCAGCCCUCCACCCUCAAGUGGGCAUCUCCACUCACAGACUCCGCCUCCAGCCCCAUCUACCUGCAGGCCGAUUGGUUCUCCACUGCCCUCCAGGGCCUCAGCGGACAGCUGGCCGUCUCCACCAUCACUCGUGCUCCCACGGCAACCAAAGAGCACCGAGUGGUCCUGAGUGUGACCACUACAACCGUCUCCGUGCAGUCCAGACUCGGGGGGCCAGUGCUGCUGGAUUGCG